UAAGCCUUGCACAACCUUUCUAGUGCUUUUCUUCUAACUCUUGAGCAUAUUUCCUGCCAAAACAUUGCUCUCGCGUUCAGUGAUGUUAUUUGACAUGAAAAUAUCAGAUGAUAUGUUGUUUCCCUUUUUAUGUAUUUUUUUCAAAAAGAAAGUAUCUGUUUCAGAAAGAAAUCAAAAUAUACUGUCUCAUGGCUUGUACGAAAUGAGGAGGAAGAACAUUUAAUGCGGAAGAGCAGUAGAAGUUUGUAUUAUUUAGUGGCUUACUAGAAAUGUGGAAGAGCAUCAUAUUGUGACUUUUCUAGAAUUCAGCGUAGUGAAUGUUAAAAGGUUAUCAACGCAAUGGAAAUGCUAGCAUUCUUAUUCUGGAGUGCAUUUAGUAUUUUCAGCUUACCUUAGAGAGGGAAUGCAAUCUUUUUUGCAAGUAUUAACAUGCUACUGUUGAAGAAACUCAUAGCAAUUGAAGGCUAUUAGGUCUCUCUGCUUUGUUUUCUGUGCAUGUACUAAUUUGGCCGAACAAAAAGUAUGAUGCGGUAAACAGAGUAACACCCUCAAUUACGUAUGCUAGGUUAUGAGCAGAGGCUGCCUAGGAUGCUGCGUAAAAUCUCCAAUAAUUGUUUCCAUUGACGAUCCAUCCAAGAGACUAAGGAAUCCAAGUGCAACAGAGACAAAAGAUAACGGAUCAGAAGACUUCUGGAAUAGCAGCCCUGUAAGAAUGGAUCACAGUGCUGGUCAGUCCCAGAGAAGCUUCUCAUCAAUUGGCAUAUCUAACCAUGCCUCUGAUCCCCAGAGUAGUUCCAGCAGUCAGAUUGAUCCUCCUGAGUUCAUCAAUCAUGGUCUUCUUCUCUGGAACCAGAUAAGGCAGCAAUGGAUUGGAAGCCAAAAGUCUGAGAAGCAGACACAAGUUAGAGAACCCAAAAUAAGCGGGAAUGCCACGUACGAGAGCCUACUCGGGACCAACAAGCCCUUUCCUCGGCCUGUACCUCUGAGAGAAAUGGUUGACUUUCUUGUUGAAGUUUGGGAGCAAGAUGGUCUGUAUGACUGAUCAACCAAAAUUGGCCUUAUUUUUCUUGGAUUUUGCAGAGGAAGGGAGCUCAGGUGGAAUCUGUUCAUUGUCCUGCUCAUUGCUUCCAGAGUUGUGGAUGUUGUAAUUUGAUUACACCGUCUCUUCCUUACUUUGGUUAUGUCAAUUGGAUUAUUUGUUUAAAGGAAUGUUCUGCUCUUGUUUUGCCUGUGUUCCAGGUAUAUAUACCAUAACGCGAAUGCUUGAGAGGUCGUUGAGGGUCCCCCCUCCCCCCUUAAAUUACUUAUUUUGAAUUUUUAUUUUUAUGAUGUUAGAAAAUUUUAAACCCUCUUUAGCUUCAUUUUAUGGUUAAGGGAUUCUGUUA